AUGGAGGCGGCGCCGCGGCGAAGCCCCGAGCCGCGGGAGAAGCCGCCGGUGCUGGACGGGGAGGCAGCGGGGGCGCCCGCGGGGGCGUCGGGCGCGGCCCCGGCCUCGCCGGCGGCGACGGAGCAGAUCGUGGCGGAGGGCGAGGCGGCGGCGGCGGGCACGUUCGUGCAGCGGCAGCUCGGGGCGAUGCUGCAGCCCGCCGUGAACAAGUUCUCGCUGCGCAUGUUCGGCAGCCACCGGGCCGUGGAGAUCGAGCGGCAACGGGUGAAGUCGGCGGGCGCCUGGAUUAUCCAUCCCUACAGCGACUUCAGGUUUUACUGGGACCUCAUCAUGCUGCUCCUGAUGGUGGGGAAUUUGAUCAUCCUGCCCGUGGGCAUCACCUUCUUCAAGGAUGAGAACACCCCUCCCUGGAUCGUUUUCAACGUGCUUUCGGACACUUUCUUCUUGGCUGACCUGGUGCUGAACUUCCGGACAGGCAUCGUGGUGGAGGACAACACGGAGAUCAUCCUCGACCCUCACACCAUCAAAAUGAAGUACUUGAAGAGCUGGUUCCUGGUCGACUUCAUCUCCUCCAUCCCUGUUGACUACAUUUUCCUCAUUGUUGACCUGGAGACCCAGGUGGAUUCUGAUGUCUACAAGACGGCGCGGGCCCUGCGCAUCGUGCGCUUCACCAAGAUCCUCAGCCUGCUGCGCCUGCUGCGCCUCUCGCGCCUCAUCCGCUACAUCCACCAGUGGGAGGAGAUCUUCCACAUGACGUACGACCUGGCCAGCGCCGUGGUGAGGAUCUUCAACCUCAUCGGGAUGAUGCUGCUGCUGUGCCACUGGGAUGGCUGCCUCCAGUUCCUGGUGCCCAUGCUGCAGGACUUCCCUGAGGACUGCUGGGUCUCCAAGAACCACAUGGUGAACGACUCCUGGGGCAAGCAGUACUCACACGCCCUGUUCAAGGCCAUGAGCCACAUGCUGUGCAUCGGCUACGGGCAGCAGGCGCCCGAGGGCAUGACCGACGUGUGGCUCACCAUGCUCAGCAUGAUCGUGGGGGCCACCUGCUACGCCAUGUUCAUCGGCCACGCCACCGCCCUCAUCCAGUCUCUGGACUCGUCCCGGCGCCAGUACCAGGAGAAGUACAAGCAAGUGGAGCAGUACAUGUCAUUCCACAAGCUGCCCGGGGACACGCGCCAGCGCAUCCACGAGUACUACGAGCACCGCUACCAGGGCAAGAUGUUUGAUGAGGAGAACAUCCUGGGGGAGCUCAGCGAGCCACUCAAAGAGGAAAUCAUCAACUUCAACUGCCGCAACCUGGUGGCCAACAUGCCCCUGUUUGCCAACGCUGACCCCAACUUUGUGACAGCCAUGCUGACCAAGCUGCGCUUCGAGGUCUUCCAGCCUGGGGACUUCAUCAUCCGCGAGGGCACCGUGGGCAAAAAGAUGUACUUCAUCCAGCACGGCGUGGUCAGCAUCCUCACCAAGGGCAACAAGGAGACAAAGCUGUCUGAUGGCUCCUACUUUGGGGAGAUCUGCCUGCUGACGCGGGGCAGGCGCACGGCCAGCGUCAGAGCCGACACCUACUGCCGCCUCUACUCCCUGGCCGUGGACAACUUCAACGAGGUGCUGGAGGAGUACCCCAUGAUGAGGAGAGCCUUCGAGACCGUGGCCAUGGACCGCCUGGACCGCAUAGGGAAGAAGAACUCCAUCCUGCUCCUCAAGCGAGCCGAGCACAGCUCGGGGCCCCUGAACACCGAGAUGAUCCAGCAGAUCGUGAAGCACGACCAGGACAUGGCCCACAACAUCCAGGACCUGCAGCAGAUGGCGAUGGGCCGGGAGCUGAGCGGCAAGCCGGUGAUUUGGGAGCCUCUGGUGCACGCACCCCUGCAAACAGCCGCCGCCACCACCAACGUGGCCAUCGCGCUGACCCACCAGCACAGCCUGCAGGCUCACAUCUUCCUGCCGCCCUCCUCCAUCUCCAGCCCGCUGUCUCCCGAAGCCACGCUGCUCACCAAGCCCGUGCGCCGCUCCCAGCCCAGCCUGGGCGGCUCCCGGCCCUCCUCGGUGAGCUCGCCCUCCGGGGCUCCGUCCCACCUGCACACGCCGGCCGCGGGUUCGCCUUCCUCGCCCAUGCUCCAGUCCCAGGUACCGCUGGAGAGCAGCGGGGCCCAGAGACCCAGCUCGGGGGCUCAGCCCCUUCCCCGCUCGGCGCAGAGGGGGGAGAUGCCAGCGGGGCCCAAGCAGCCCCCGGCCGGCCCCCAGCCCCAGCUGUCCCGGUCCCGCGGCGCCUCGGUCUCCACCUCGCUGCUGCAGCAAGCGGCGGGCGCUGCGUCCCCCAGCUCCGAGCAGGCGCUGCCGCCGGGGAGAACGCUCCACUACAGCCUGUCCCGAGCCACCGGCUCGCACAUCUCGCUCCUGAUGCAUCCCCAGCAGCUGGUGAAGCACAGGAGCAUCCAGGGGCUGCCGGUGGGGCGGCUCACCCAGGAUGUCCGGCUCCUUUCCGCCUCCCAGCCCUCCCUUCCUAACAGAGUGGCCCAGCAAGCCGACGGGAGCUCCUUGAAGCAGGGCAGGAAAUCCGCAGGGAACCUGGCCCGCAGGUCCUCGCCCUCGGUAGCCGGACUGCUGGCCAAGCCGGGCUCGGGGAUGCCCGCACACUCGCAGCCGAUGCCCUCGGGGUCGCUGCCUCAGCCCGGCCGCUCCACGCCGCAGUCCCCGGGCCCCGCGGCCCGGCAGGCAGCCGCUCCCUCCCGCAAGGGCUCCGUGGCCUUCAGCCCCGAGGUGGAAACGGCGAAGCCCAAGCUCCCAUCCAACAUGUGAGUCCUGGCGGCGGCCGCACGGGCAGGAGGGAGCCGGGCAUGCCGAGGAGGAGGAGGCGGGAGAAGCAGAGCACCAGCCCCGCCGGCUCGGAGGGAAAAUGAGGUGAGAGGCACCAGCCGGGGCCAUGGAGGGGCUGGUUCAGGCACGGGGACACGGCAGGGAUGGGCGUGGGGCCAGCUGGAUGAGGAGGGGGCUCUGCUGACUGCCCCAAGGGGGUCACCCUGCCCGGGCUCUCCCCUCCUUGCUCAUCACCAUCUGUGAGUUCUGCCCUCCUGCCGGAGGCAUACGACAGGUCAGAGCCCUUGCCCAAACUCUGGUCUCUCUGGGGAGCUCAGCUCCCCAUAACUGCCCCUCGGGGGCUGGGCCCCCCACGCUCUGUGCCGCGUGUCCCACAGCCUGUCCUUGGGCCAGGCUGACCAUGGCAGCUCCUCCAGCCUGUCCUCUGUCACAGCAGGGGCUGCCCGAUGCCCACCUCGGCCCCCAGACUGCUCUGCCCAGCCCCUUUGCCUUCAGGAUGAGGGGGCACAGCCAGCCCCUGGCUCCUCUGCCCGGGUGGAGGGAGGAGCUGGAGCCCAUGGCAGGGGGAUGAGGGUCCAGGGUCAGCACUCCCCCUUCCCAGAGUGCCAGGACCACCUGGGGUCCUGGGCAGGGCUCUCCUGGUGUGAUGAGUGCCAAGGGGCAACUCUGGGGGGCAGAGGAGCAGCCCCCCAGUCCCUCUCCCCUGCUUGUGGGACCGUUUUGCCUCAGAGGUGCUGAGUGCCAGUGAGGUUGGGAUGUGCUGCUGGGCAGGGCUGUGCCCCACACCCGGGCACUGCCCCUCCUCGUGCCCCCAUAGGGGCAGCCUGGGGGGAUUCUGCUGCCUGCAGCUCCAGGAGGAUGCUCAGAGAGUCAGUCCAAGGGGAACCCUCUGUGGCCUCAGGAAGAUGCUCAGAGGGUCAGUCAAGGAGACCCCUCUGUGGCUCCAGGAGGAAGUCCGGGUCAUCUGGGAUGACCCUUCUGCAGCUCCAGGAGGAUGCUCAGAGGGUCAGUCCGAGGGGACCCCUCUGUGGCCCUGGGAUGAUGUCCAGAAGAUCAUUUGGGGUGACCCUCCUGUGGCUGCAGGAGGAUGCUCAGAGGGUCACCUGCAGGGUCCCCACUGCCUGUGGCUGCAGGAGGAUGCUCAGCCCGGGCCCUGCUCCCCUGCCCUGCCCUGCAGUCCCAUUUCCAGGUCCCCUGGAGAUGUCAGUCACCGGUGCCACAGGAACAAAAGGCUGUCACAAAGAGAUGCCAAUCCCGGGCAGCGCCUGGGUGACGUGUGGGGCUGUGGGGUCACCCCCCGUCCGACAGGAGCCCGGGGUCCCCACAGAUGCCCCGUCCCCCCUCUCCAGAGACAGUAGUGUGCAAUGUGUGUGCGAGUCGUGGCUCUGCCAAGCAGCCGAGCUCUGCUUCCAGUGUCGCUUUGGGCCAACCGUGUUCAGUCCUGGUUAGAGUAGCGUCCCCUCCGUCCCCACCGCGCUGUGCCAGCUGCUUCCCUCUCCCGGGGUCAGGAACCGUGGCUUGUCUUCGUGCUCUGGGGCUGAGCGGGGCCCGCCGGACCCCCAGCGCAGCGGGCGAGGUCUCGUUCCGCUCGGUAAUUCCCGAAAUGAAGUGUCCCGUUCUCCACCCUCGUGUUUUGGGGCGCGGGGAGCAAUCCGGAGCGCGGGGCUGCUCUGGGAGAACCAGCCCACCAGGAAUCCCGGCAGCGCCUGCCACAGGGGAUGUCCUGCACUGCCUUUUCUUUCUCCAUGGAUUUCCACCGCCCUCCCCUGCUCACCCCCACGUCCCGCUCCAUCCCCGCGCUCCGUCGGGCGGGGAAGCUGCAGCGGAGCCGCGCUGUCCCGAGCCCCCGGGCUGUGUUCACAGUGCGUGAUGUUGAUGUCUUAGCGGUCAUCCCAGCGCCCCGCAGAGCGUGCGGGGACAGCACCGAGCUCCCUCCCCACUGCACAGCCCCGUGGCGGGAGCCGGAGCCGUCCUGCGCUCCUGGCACCGCCGCCGUGGGCACCUCGUGGCCCGGUGCCCACCCCGGGGGAGGCUGGAGGGGCUGGGGGCGCAAGUUUAGCCACCAAAGACCAUGAUCCUCCACUCUUGCACUCACGGCAGUCCAUGUA